AUGAAUGUUUCAGAAAUGGAGGAGACGCUAGUUGCUCUGAUUCCAUUAAAUGAUGAUCGUUUGAAACCAAAACGAACUUGGUUCUGGGUGCUGAUAGGAAUCGCGGUGUGUGCUGUGCUCGCUUCUGCAGCAAUCUUUAUGUUGGUCCCACGUUCCGUCGAUUUGUACAGCAGUAGGCCUGCCAUAAAUAUUAUUCAUGUGACUGAACAUAAACAGCUCCCGCCAACCAUACGUUUCCAUUUUAUGAAUUACGUGAACAUAUCAAAUGCAAACUACUAUGUUGUACAAGUUGUUAACACGUCGGCAACGAUUAUCUCUAAAUUCCAACCGUGGUCGAGCGAUGUGAUAGGCUCUGGAUUGAAUUCAACGACUGUAGCCAUAGCUCCUCUUAGCAGCCGUAACAAUUUGCUGAUGUUCAAUAACUCUGUCACGCUCACCGAUGUCGUAGCGGAAUAUUGUCAAGCACCAUUUUCGCGACUCACUUCUCUCUACGUCAACAUGCAGUUCGACAUUGUAGUCUCACUUGUAUACUUUAACCAUCGCGAGCAGGUGUCGCUAUCUACGACACAGCAGGUUUGCUGUGUCCCUUCCGGUAAUUGUACAUCUACUUGA